AUUUUUAACAUUUCUCUUAUUUUUUAUAGGUACAUAGGGUUAUUCAGUUUAACCAGUCGGACUGGUUAGCUAAAUAUAUAGAGUUGAACACCGAGAUGAGGAAGAAGGCUAGAAAUGCGUUUGAGAAAGAUUUUUUUAAGCUGAUGAACAACGCUGUAUUUGGUAUGUUACUUUAUACUAUUUAUUAUAUUUUAUUAAUAUUUUAUUUUACAGGUAAAACAAUGCAGUCUAAAAGGAAAGAGAUGAAGAUGGAGUUGGUGUCGUGUGAGAGGAGAUUACAGAAACUCAUUAAUAAGAGUACAUUUAAACACUGUACUACUUAUAAUGAGAAUCUUAACGCCGUAGCGCUUGAAAAUAAAAUUAUAAAAUUUGAUAAACCUAUAUAUAUUGGAUUCGCUGUACUAGAUAUUUCAAAAACAAUGAUGUAUGAGUACCAUUAUGAUGUCAUGCAGAGACAUUAUGGGGAUAAAAUUAAAUUGAUGUACACUGAUACAGAUUCACUAGUAUAUCACAUUAAGACGGAUGAUUUUUAUGCAGACUUGGCGGCCAACCAUAACUUGUUGGACCGGAUGGACACCGCCAACCUGCCCAGUGACCAUCCGUGCUAUGUGGCGGAAAGAAAGAAGAUCCCGGGAUACUUUUCCGAUGAGGUGGAUGCUAAUGCUAUUACAGAAUUUUGUGCGCUGAGGGCCAAGUCAUAUGCGUUUAAUGUAUAUGCAGGAGAAGAGUAUGCGGUGAGAGAUAAGAACGACAAGGAUAAAGUUGGUGGUGAAAAGAUAAAGGCCAAGGGGAUAAGACAACAUGUGGUUAAAAACCACAUGACUCUUGAGGAUCAUAGAAAGUGUCUGUUUGAGGAAGAAGGAGUAGAGUUAUACAGAGAUAAUGUUUCAAUUAGGUCGUUUAACCACCAAAUCGUAACGCUAAAAACUAAUAAAUUGACAUACAACAGCUACGAUGAUAAGAGGGUGGUGUUAGAAGAUAAAAUAAAUACACUAGCCCAUGGUCAUUAUAGUAUAGAAGGAGAUAAUAUAUGGCCAGAACUUGAGGAAGAUGGAGGGAACUGGAACGAGGAAGAGAAAGGAUUAAUGAGAGACCUUCUACAUUACAUAACCUGAUUUUAUAUAUUGUAUAUUUUUUUAUUGUAAAUAUUAUCAUGUUAUAUAAUUAUACUUGAGAUAGA